CACAAUUGACUGAUGAACCGUCACCGUAUAUAGACGAUUCCAGUCCGACUGCACAUGAACAACUAGUACGUAAUUCUAUCCAGCAACAGUACGACACUCGGUCUACUUGGCAAAACUUACUUAUGUAUCAGCAGCAACGUCAGCAACAGUGGUUGCCACAGUACCCGUAUUCGAGACAGCGGGAAGUACAAACACCAAACGAAACGUUUGCGCCGAUGCAAUCCGUGCAUCAAUUGGACGGACAAAACGCUGUUGAAGACAUGCUCAGAAUUGUUCCAAUCGAGUUUCAUGUCCAAUCACAGGUUUAUCCAGCUACGAACGAUCCAAUUAUGCCUCAGUCGCAAGGAAAUGUUUACCAAGUUUCUGAAUUACAAAGCGAUUUUAAUCCAUUAGGAAACGGGUUCCCAGGUCAACCUUCUCAGACCACUGACGAGCAAGUAAUCAGCCAUCGGCGGCAGGAAGAGCCUAAUAACGCGUACAUCCAGAUGUACGUUAAGGUUAAACUACGAUCUCCAUACAGCGGAGGGAGACGGUUCACUAAGCCAUUAACAGAUUUUCGACAACAAAGGAGUUAA